AUGUGUAGAAAGAGUCUACCUACCACCGAGAGUGCAAACGCACGGAUACUAGAAGGGCUGAAGCGUAAACGUGCGAAUGACUUGAACCGGCUGCUGCGUGCACGAGUUGCUCCACGUGGAGCAGCAGGUCCGUCUUUGACCCCUAGUGGCGCACCUCCUGCACAAACCGGCGUCAACUCUCCCCCGUUAGAGUUUCCGGCGUCGGACGAUAGUGAUGGCGACGACGAUAGCUUAGAGUUCUCAACAAUAGGUGCUACAGCAGAGCCUCCUCCACAGAAACUCCCGUUUGACACAGAUCUUGCUUUGGCGAAAGCGAUCCGCAGUUUUAAUGGAGGCAUGGGGAUGUCAGCAACUGACAUUAACACGUUACUAAGCGUGUUGCACGAGGUUGGUUACUUGAAGCCAUCAUACAAGAACAGCGCAGGCUUGGCGAAGUACGAGAAGUCGUUGCUGUCGGAGGCUUCGGGCACGGUGGAAUGGAGAGCGGUGGAGGUGGUGCUGAGCAACGGCAUGAAAGUUACAGUGCACGUAACCUCCAUGGCGGAGGCUCUUAAGGCGAUGUAUUCGGAUAGCGCGAACAGGGACGGGUUUGUGGUGAAACCGGCAGAGGUCUACACGUCAGACAAACAACAACGGAUAUACAUGGGGCCCGAGACGGGAGACGGAUGGAUUAAGAUGCAGGAAGAAUGUCCGCGGGGUGGCGUGAUCGCAGCUUGCAUUCUGUACAGCGACGGAACAAACCUGAGCAACGAUGGGCGUGUUACGGGACACCCGGUCUACUUUACGCUCGGCAACAUCACGCUGAAGAAUCGCUGGCAACCACACGGACAUCGGAUGGUUGCUAUGCUUCCGCCACUUCCAAACGUGGAUUCGCGGACGGACGAAGGGAAGGCACUUCAUCGGGAGGUCUUUCAACUGGCUUUGGAUGUGGUUCUCGAGGAACUCAAAAAGGCAUCUUACGCAGGCAUUGUAACGGAGGACCCCUUUGGGAAGGUGCAAGUGGUGUUUCCCGCGGUAUACGCAUACGUGGCCGAUCACCCCGAAGCGUGCAAGCUGGCGGGGACGUUCGCAAGUCACAAAGCGAAUUUCCCGUGCCACAGGUGUCUGGUAAAACGUGAAGACAUAAGCAACAUGGAGGCGGUGGCGGCAUAUCGCACGGAAGUUGACCAGAAGAAAAAAGUGGUCGAGUUGUUGGCGUUGCCGAGUGGGCCCGAGCGCACAAAGGCGUCAAAAGCAAUCAGCACUCAUCCUAUCAAGGUAGCCUUGUGGGGCUUCAGGAACGGACAUACCCUCGUCGGCAAUCCAUAUCGGGCCUUACUGGUGGAGGUGAUGCACGCAUUGGACCUUGGGGUCUUCUUGCACAUCGUCUCGUGCAUUCGUGUGUAUUACGCACGAGAUCGCGAGUUUCUACAUUCGCUCGACGUCGAGUUGCAGCGGAUUGCUACCGACACUCGAAUCUCGGGCUUCCGAAUUCCAUCUUCUGAAAAGGGCGGUUAUUUUGCGGGUGCUGCACGGUUUCAGGCGUUUGAGCAUCGCACGGUGAUGCAAGUGAUCACAAUCGUACUCGCCAACUGCGGCGUGCCGAACUCGAUCGUUGGUGCGGUUGCGGCAUUCGUGGAUUGUUACAUGCUUGCAUCCCGGCGUUGGUAUCAUACCACGAAGACGCUGCAAGAACUUGACGAGGCCAUUAAGAGGUUGAUUCCGCUCUUGAAGGAUGUGUUCGUGGACCUUCAAAAGUCGGAGUUCGACAUCACCAAGGUGCAUUCAUUGGCACAUGUGGUGGAGGACAUCAUUCGAUCGGGGGUGCCGAUGCAUUACAGCGCCAACGUAUACGAGUACCUUCAUCAACCACUAGUGAAGCGCGCGUACCGUGCAAGCAACAAGAGGGAUCCAAUCCCUCAAAUUGUGAAGCACGAUGUGCGAAUGCACAUGCUACGCGUGCUUCAAGCAUCGGAGGCACCGAGCGAAGAUGGACCAAAACGGAUGGUGGCACUACAGGAGGCGAUGGAGAGUGGUUGCAACACGCUUGCAGCCACCAGCUUCAGUGUAAGCUGGAAGCAAAGCCUUGCGGAUGGGUGUGACAAGUGGAAAGCGCAUGCUUUGGCCGCGCCAGGUGACAUGACCAAGCUCAAAGGGUUGUUGGAAGGCAAAGCAGAAGAAGGCGAGGUACUGAAUAGUACCAUACGUGUGAAGAACGGCAUGGCUAUUCCCGGGGACGAGGACUUCACCAAGUACUCCAGUCAGACACACUAUGUGCGAGCCUGCGCGUCUUUCGGGGACAAACCAUGGUUCAGCGACGUGGCAGUGCUUGGUGAAGAGGAGGUUGCGGCUGCAGGGGGUGAGAUCACAAAGCGCAAGGUGAUCUGGUAUGCGAAGUUGCUGCUGCUUUUUACCAUCGACGUGUACACGCCAGAGACACAGGCGUUUACCAAGCGCGCGUACGCCUUUGUACGCUAUUUCAGAGCCACUGGAGCGGUGCACGCAUCAAAGUGUCCGCUGUAUGGUUGGGAGACAGGGGAGAACGAGUACCAACUGCUUGAGCUUGAUAGCAUUCUGCGCGUAGCUCAUAUGGUUAAGAUUAAUCGUGAUGUUCACCACCCCGAGGCCAACUCGUAUAACCACAUCGACGCAGCCAUACGCGGCGAAAUGAAAGAACUUAAAACGCUUAUGCAGCGUAUGGAAACCCGUCUUCGUGUUUCGGAUGAGAUCCAGCAGACUCUAGCUACGACUGUCAAGAAUCUUCUUAAGAUUGUGCACCAACCGAGCUGGUGCAACGAGAGAACCAUGGAGGAUGCUUGCAAGAAAGCCUGUGAUGAUUUGCUCAAGCGCUUGGACGUCUCCGCGCGUGUCAUUUACCUCGACGAAGAACAAUUCAAGGCGGCCGUCGUGGUGCACCUCGCUCUGGAGCUUGAAGACUUCGGGAAAUUCAACGACUUUUGGAAGAAGGGCGAGUGGGCGAAGAAGUGCACCGAUGUUUGCAACGGCCGGCGUGGGAAACUCGUGAACAAGUCUCGGAAGGCAAGUUUCAAGCUGCUGAAGUACCCUGACGGCAAAGAAGUGAAAGACUCCCGUGACGAUUGUCGCGAUUAUGCGCGAUUCUGCGUCUCAGAGGAGUAUGGCUUGCCGUGGCAUGCUGAGGAUGAGAAGCCGUUCUGUAGCGAGGCGUUUAUAGCUGCUGCAAGCAAGUGGCAGAAGAAAGAGGGGGGUGUCUUCUCCCUGAGCAUUGAUCAGCUUUGCUACACAAUGGUCGCGGUAGAGUUCGAGAUGCUUUCUCGUGAUCGAAGCAGCAUGAUUUCCGACUCCGAGAACAACACCCGCGAGAUGAACAAGAGGAAGGCUCAGGUUGAGAGCUGGAUCCGUCGCGCAAGCAUCCCCGACCCGCCCCUGGAGCAGCCGCCCCUGGUGCAGCCGCCCCUGGCCCCUGCGACGCCGCCCCUGCAGCAGCCGCCCCUGGAGCCGCCCACCACCACAGCAGCAGCCGCCCCUGGAGCCGCUCGCCACUGCAGCAGCCGCCCCUGGAGUCGCCCGCCACAGCAGCAGCCGCCCCUGGAGCCGCCCGCCACUGCAGCAGCCGCCCCUGGAGCCGCCCGCCACUGCAGCAGCCGCCCCUGGAGCCGCCCGCCACUGCAGCAGCCUCCCCUGGAGUCGCCCGCCUCUGCAGCAGCCGCCUCUGGAGCAGCCGCCACUGGAGCCGCCGCCCCUGGUGCAGCCGCCCCUGUACCCGCGACGCCGCCCCUGGUGCAGCCGCCCCUGGACCUGCGCCGCCGCCCCUGGAGCAACCGCACCAGCAGCAGCCGACCAUGCAGCUGCCCGCGACGCCGCUCCUGGACCCUGUGCAGUCGCGCUCAGUCUCACUCGCGCCCUCGUGCGCCCUACCCUACCUGCUCCGCGCUGUUGCUCUGCACGCGCGGUUGCCCGCGCCCUCGUGCGCCCUACCCUACCUGCUCCGCGCUGUUGCUCUGCACGCGCGGUUGCCCGCGCCCUCGUGCGCCCUACCCUACCUGCUCCGCGCUGUUGCUCUGCACGCGCGGUUGCCCGCGCCCUCGUGCGCUCUACCCUACCUGCUCCGCGCUGUUGCUCUGCACGCGCGGUUGCCCGCGCCCUCGUGCGCUCUACCCUACCUGCUCCGCGCUGUUGCUCUGCACGCGCGGUUGCCCGCGCCCUCGUGCGCUCUACCCUACCUGCUCCGCGCUGUUGCUCUGCACGCGCGCUGGCGCCGAACCUUGUGUGGGCGUGCUGAUGGACCUGGGGAGGAUCAGAUCCCGCCUGCUGGCUACGUUUUCUGCUACAGAUGCUGCAACAGAUGUCUUAGCUGUUACUGCCCCCCUUGUUUCCCCAUCUGCCCUGCUCUCACCUGCUGCUGCAGCGUGGUCGUGCUGUUUUCGUUGCAGCAGCUGCUGGGCUGCCUACCGCCGUGUGGUCAGCUUCGCUGCUCUCCUCGUGCUGGUGGCGAGGCAGGUUGAGAACGACUGUGUUGCGUCCAUGUUGGUGCAGGUGCUGGGGGUGAAGGAGAGUGCUGAUCUGCAGGAAGGGUUUGGGUUCUUCCUGCAGCAUGUGCUGACAGGCGGGCUGGAGAAGGCGCAUGCUGAGGGGGCAGGGAGGGGGAGAGCCAAGGGGGAAGGUGACACAGCGUGGAAGGUGAGGAAGGAGGUAGAGGUGGCGAUGGACAUGGUGAGGAAUAGUAGGGGCGUGCGGUCAGGAGGGACAUUGCGUGAGAUGGUGGGAGCUGGUGAAGGUGGGGUGGGGGAGGGAGGUGUGACUAGAAGGCUGGAAGGCAUGCUGAUGGGGAAUGGCAUGAGGUUUGAAGCAUGUGGCGAAGCUGGGGAGAGGGUUGAUGGGGUGGAUGGGGAUGACAAGGAUGAGGAAGUCGCCAAUGUGCUCUCCAAGCCCGAGUGCUGCACGGCAGGCGGAAUAUUCUACCUGGAUACGACCAACCCCAGCGAGGCACGGGUGGAGGCAGCAGCCAUUGAGGAGGCCAGGAAGAGAGCACGACGUGUGGAAUUGACUGGAGGGCCGAGUGAGGAAGCAGGAGGGUUGGGAGGAGCAGGGGGGACGGGUGCAGGAGUGGAAGCAGCAGCUUCAGCCACGGCAGCAACGGAGUUGUCGCCAGCAGCUUCCCUAGCAGCCAGCUCCAAGGCUUGUGGUGGUUCCCUUGGAAGCAUUGAAGCUUCUGACAGAAGUGCCUGGCCUAGUGGAGAUGCGUCUACCAGCUCUGGCCUCGUGCCGGUCAACACCCACCCUGGUGUUGCUGUUUUCACAUACCGAGCUGCUCGCAUCUUGCAGUGGGUCCGAAUCUACGGCUCAGAUUUCAUUUCAGCGAAGAGGUACUUUAAGGACAGCCCACAAGGCAAGGUCAUGCCCAUGCGCCAUCCGCUGCGGGACCUUCCAAGCCUGCUUCUCACGUUUGGCAACAUCCCCGAACCUAUGGAGGGAAGGAGCUUCCCGAUGGAGUGGGAGGAAUGGCCUCAGGGCGAUGAAGCUGCUGUGAAGUUUCCUGAUGACCGCAGCGUGAGUUUUUUUGGCCAGGGGAUUGUGGAGGAGGGUGGGACGGCAGAAGGAGGCAACGGAAGGCCCUCUGGUCCGUCGUCAAAGGCCGGAGCCAGUGCCUUCCGUCUGGAGCUGGGAAAGACUCGGUCGGCCCAGUUGGAGGCCCUGGGGUGGAUGCGCCAACUGGCUGAGCGCGAGCCAUUCUCCCUGCUGCUCGUGAUUGCUGUAAAGUGGGCUGAACCAAUGAUGGUUCCUCUUGGGGUAGACAAGGACGGGAGGUGGAGGCCUAUUGAGAGUGGCGCUGGGUCGAACGGGAUGGGUGGAGGAGGGAGGCUGGGGAGCAGAGGAGUUGGUGGGGAUGGCGAAGGUAGGGAAGAGGCUUUGUGGGAUGAUCCGGAUGUGUGGGACGAGGUUUGGUUGUGGUGCAACAUGGCAAU